AUGGCUAUUGUUAUUAGAUAUGUGAACAAAAAUGGAGAGAUAAUAGAAAGAUUUUUAGCCUUAGUUCAUGUUAAAGAGACUUCAUCAAAAUGCUUGAAAAUGGCAAUUGACUUCGUAUUUUCUAAGUUGGGAUUAUCUUUGUCAAGAUUGAAAGGUCAGGGAUAUGAAGGGGCUUCAAAUAUGAUGGUAUGUAAGGCAAAUCGACAUGUUUCUGAUUUUUUCAACUAUCUCAGUCCGAAUGUUACAGUCUGUGGAUCUUCUUGCAAAAGGGCAGAUAUACUCCGACAAAAUGAAUAUGAUAGAAUGGUUGAAAUGAUUGAGAAAGGGGAAAUCAGUUCAGGUAAAGGUCUAAAUCAAGAAACUUCUUUGCAUAGACCAGGUGACACGCGAUGGGGAUCUCAUUAUAUUACUAUAGUUCGUCUUACAUCUAUGUGGCCCUCGAUAGUCAAAGUACUUGAAACAAUAUUUGAAGAUGGGGUUGAUCCAGAAAUAAGUGGCAAAUCUAAAGGGUUGCUUCAAAAGAUGGAAAAUUUUGAUUUUGUGUUUCUCAUGAUGUUGAUGAAACGCUUGUUGGGUAUGACUGAUGCACUAUCUUGUGCGCUGCAAUAUAAAGAUCAAAAUAUUUUGAAUGCUAUAAAUUUGAUAGUGACUGUGAAAGAGGACUUGCAAGCAUUUCGAGAAUCUGGAUGGGAUGAUUUCUUGCAAGAAGUGGAAGCAUUUUGCCAGGCAAAUGAAAUUGAUGUUCCUAUCAUGGACGGCAUUGUUCCAAGACGUAUUCGCAUGAAGAAUGAUGGAAAAACUAUUACAAACUAUCAUUAUUAUCGUGUUGAAAUUUUUGUUGUUGACUUAAUUAGUCAAGAAAUGAGGAAUCGUUUUUCUGAAUCCAGCACCGACUUACUCGAAUGUAUGGUAUGCCUUGAUCCAAGAAAUCAUUUCUCCAAUUUCAAUGUCGAUAAACUUGUUCAUCUUGCCACUCUUUAUCCGGAAGACUUUUCAUCCAUGGAGCUUAGCUUGUUAACUCAAGAACUUCGAAGUUUCGUGAGUGAUGCAAGAACAGAUACACGGUUCUCAAAUGUUGAAGAUUUAGGAACUCUUUCACAGAAGAUGGUUGAAAUGAUGAAAGAUAAGAUUUUCAAAUUGGUUUAUCGAUUGAUAAAAUUGGUCUUACUUUUACCAGUAGCGACAACAUCUGUUGAAAGAGUGUUCUCUGCAAUGAAAUUUGUGAAGUCAGAGCUGCGAAAUAAGAUUGGAGAUGACUGGUUAAACGACAGUUUGAUGGUAUAUAGCGAGAAGGAGGUGUUUGCAACUAUUCUCAAUGAAAUGAUUUUGAGUCAUUUUCAGAAAAUGGGUACUCGAAGAAGCCAACUAUCUCGCAUAGCAUAA